AAAGUGUCAACAUUAAUGCAUAAUGUCAUAAAUUAUAAAUUUAGAUUUUACAGUUUUAUUUUAUUUUAGAUAAUAAUUUUUUCAUUAAUCAUUUCAUAUUUGGAAAUAGACUACCAUGGCUACUUGGAUCGGAAAAUUAGAGAAUCAAAACCCAAAUAAUGAUAAUUUCGAAAAUAUAGUGCUAACUCAUGAUCUACAAGACUGCCUAGAAGAAAGUUUUGACUUCAAUUUCAACAAUAUUUACUCAUCAGAUGAUAAAAUACCAAAUAAAAUUGAUUCUUCGAAUCCCAAACAAGCUAUAAAAAUUAAAAAUUUGGAGAAAGAUGGAUUCGUUCAGCACACAGUCUCUUUAGAUGAAAUUUAUAUGCAAAUCAAUCCUGGAUCAUCAAACAGAAUGCCAGACAAUCCAUCACACGCUACCUUGACAAUAACUUCGACCAAUCCCCAUACCAAAGAAACGACUGUGAAUAGAUUCAAUUGUGAAUAUGAUGGCUGCUCAAGGACUUACAGUACUGUGGGAAAUUUGAGGACUCAUAUGAAGACUCAUAAAGGUGAAUUCAGGUUCAAAUGUUCAGAGCCGAGUUGUGGCAAAGCCUUCCUCACUUCCUACAGUUUGAAAAUACAUAUCAGAGUUCAUACGAAGGUCAAACCAUUCGAAUGCGGCGAGGACGGUUGCGACAAAGCAUUCAACACUCUGUAUAGGUUAAGGGCACACGAACGAUUGCAUAAUGGUAAAACCUUCAAUUGUGAAUCAGAGGGAUGCUUCAAAUUUUUCACUACUCUAAGCGACCUUAAAAAACACGUUAGAACUCACACAAGAGAAAAACCUUAUAAAUGCAAAGAAUCCGGAUGUGGUAAAGCAUUCACCGCCAGUCAUCAUCUCAAGACCCACCAAAGAAUACACACUGGAGAAAAACCUUACGCUUGCAACGAAACAAACGAAUGUCACAGAGCUUUCUCUACCUCUCAUAGUUUGAAAUCGCAUAUCAAAACUCAUCAGAAACAAGAAAAAAUCCAAGAAGUGGACAUAGAGAAUAUUAAAUGUGCAUCUUCUGUUGAGAUAUCGAAUUCUGAAGCGCUGCAAACUCAUUCAACUGUACCGGAAAAUGCAGACACAAUAAAUGAUAGUGGUUCUGGGGAUAAUUUGCGAGCAGAUGAGAGUAAACCUAUCGAAGAAAAUCGUAUCGACACGUUGGCAGAGCGAGGAACAGAAACCAUACAAAUUCAGGAGUUAGAGACACCGCAAACUGGUAAUUUAGCUUUCAUUUUUGAGGACACUCAUGAUAUGAAGUUUCAUGAAAAACUCACUUUAGAUUGGAAACAAUUUAAAAACUCUGACCUUCACGAACAAAUUUAUCAGGAAUUAUCAUCUGAGCAAAAUCAAGUACCUGCUAAGGAUGCUGUUGCAGAUUCUACACUGAACUUUGAUAAUAUAUACUACAACCUGACGUCAACAGCACCUGACAAUUUACUUAACAAUGGUUACAAUGUCAGUCAAAAUGCGUCGGAAAAGUACGCUGCUGUUGUUGAAGAGGAAUACGAGAUGGCAAAUAGAUUGAAAGACUACGCUACAGUAACCACCGAGAACAUACCACUUCAGCUAUUAUUCAACAUCGGUACAGAAAAUGUUGAGAACGGCAAAGAAGAUGAGACAUUGAUCAACGACGUUCAGGUGGAAUUAGAAGAAAACUCUGUUAUAUCGGAGUUCCAAAACUUGAGUGAAAUCAAUGCUGGGACAGAUCCACAGAAUUCAAUGUAUCUAUCCAAUAAUAACGCCAGAGUUGAUACGGCUAAAGUGGGCUUUAUAAGUGUCGAAAAUAUAUUAUUGCAGGCGAAUCCUGGAAAUGACCAACUAACUGGAGAGACUGUUACCACCUUAGAUAAUGAACUGUACCUAACAGAGAGUUUUGGACUCUCUCUACCAUCUGACAGUGAAAUGUCUUCACAGUGGACGGACGUAAAUCAGCCUGACAUCAAUUUUGUGGGUAAUUAUCAGGAGAACAACAAUGGAAGUAGUUUACCUUCCUCCCUGAUUGGACUUCAGACAUAUCCAGAUGCGUCACACGCUCAGAUUCCUCUGGAUAUCACUGAUGACUUGAAUGCGAUUCUGGGCGUUAGCAGCGAUGUUAACGAAACUACUAGUAGUAAUCUUACACUUGGAGCUACAGAACAAAAUUGUAAGGAUUGUGGGAGUGCCCAAUCCUGCGAAACUGAAAAUAAUCAGAGAGGCAGUAGUUUGAAUGAUCCACAAGCUACUCUCUUGAACAAUAAUGCACCUUUGUGUGAACAGAACAAGGGAAAUAGUUUUAAUAUCCAACCAGCUGCUGGCAGUCAGAACACAACGAGUAAUUCUUGUUGCAGUGGUGGUAGUACAUGCCAUUCAAAGUGUUCUGUGUCAAACUCGUCCUCUCAGUCAUUGAGUCAGGACACCUCACCAACUUCAGAGUGCUUGGGUACCACUAACGCCGUCAAGAUGAUAAUGGCAAAUAACCCGAGUUGUAGGGAAAAGGCCGACAAUUGUUGCGUUGUGGUUUGCCUGAGAACGAUGGAUCAGUUGAAGCAGAUGCUGAGCUUGGCGACUGGCUGCAGUGGCUUUAGUACCUUGAAAUUGGGUUGUGUGAAGGCUGAUUUGUGUACUGUGCCAAAGUGAUGCUAGUGAAUAUGACAAAGACUUUGUUCGUUUUCUCUAAAAAAAAAUUUCGAGGAGCUGGUUAAUAUUUUAAAUUGUGGCCCUA